AGGCGGUGUGGGUGUGCGCCUGUGAGUGCGUGCCCUGGUGAGCGUGGGCACACGUGUGUGUCUGUGCAGAUGUCUGUGUGUGCACGCAGGCUCGUGUGUGUCUGUGCACCAGGUAUAAGGGGGUGUUUGUGUGUCUGCGACAGAUGUGUGUCUGUGUGCAUAUGGGCAUAUGUCCGUGUGUUUGUGUGCCUCUGUGAUUACGGGCAUGUGUCUGUGUGUGGCUGAACGUCUGUAUAUUCGUGUCUGUGUUGGGUAUCUGCAUGCAGCAGGGUCUACAUGUGUAUGUCAUUCUAUGUGAUUCUGUAUUAAGAUGUAUGUGUGCCUGUAUCUGUACGUGUGUGCCACCGUUACAUUGUGUAUGUGUGCAUAUGUGUAUGUGUGUGUGUGCAGGUGUAUGUGUCAGCACAUUGUAUCUGAAUGUGUAUAUGUGUGUAUCUGUGUACACAUCUCUGCAUAUAUGUGUAACUUGCAUUUGUGUGUAUCUGUGUAUACAAGUGUCUGUGUGUCUGUAGGUGUGUAUACAUGUCUGUGUGCAUAUGUAUGUUCGUAUCUGUGUAUCUGUGUUUCUAUGUGUAUAUCUGUACAUAUGUGUCUGCAUAUGUGUGUGUCUGCAUGUCUAUGUGUGUAUGUGUAUGUGCAUGUCAGGGUACACCUGUCUGUGUGUAUGUAUAUGUGUGUUUGAGUACUGUGAUUGGGCUGUUGUCUGUAUGUCUCUGAAGGUAUGUUUUUGUGUCUGUGGGAGCCUACCUACCCGAGUAUGUCAGUACAUCAGCGUGGGCCUGUGGGAGGGUCCAUGUUGCAUGUGUUUGGUGUGUCUGCUCUGAGUGCGGCUGCCAUGUGUGCACCUUGGAAAACAUCAGUGGAUGUCUGUGCCAGUGGGUGUAGGAAUGUGCGUGUCUGCAAGGCCUGUGCAUGUGUGCAUAUGCACCCACACCUGCGUACAGUUUCUGUGACGUCCUCCCUUCUGCAGGGCUGCUGUCCCAGAGCCUGGAGUUCAACUCUCCCGCGGACAACUACACCGUGUGCGAAGGCGACAACGCCACCCUCAGCUGUUUCAUCGACGAGCAUGUGACCCGUGUGGCCUGGCUGAACCGCUCUAACAUCCUGUAUGCGGGCAACGACCGCUGGACCAGUGACCCGCGGGUGCGGCUGCUCAUCAACACGCCCGAGGAGUUCUCCAUCCUCAUCACCCAGGUGGGGCUCGGCGAUGAGGGCCUGUACACCUGCUCCUUCCAGACCCGCCACCAGCCGUACACCACUCAGGUCUACCUCAUCGUCCACGUCCCGGCCCGCAUUGUGAACAUCUCCUCACCUGUGACAGUGAAUGAGGGGGGCAAUGUGAACCUGCUUUGUCUGGCCAUGGGGAGGCCGGAGCCCACAGUCACCUGGAGGCAGCUCCGAGACGGCUUCACUUCCGAGGGCGAGAUCCUGGAGAUUUCUGAUAUCCAGCGGGGCCAGGCCGGGGAAUACGAGUGCGUGACUCACAACGGGGUUAACUCCGCGCCCGACAGCCGCCGCGUGCUGGUCACAGUCAACUAUCCUCCGACCAUCACGGACGUGACCAGCGCCCGCACCGCCCUGGGCCGCGCCGCCCUCCUGCGCUGCGAAGCUAUGGCGGUGCCGCCCGCGGAUUUCCAGUGGUACAAGGAUGACAGACUGCUGAGCAGCGGCACCACCGAGGGCCUGAAGGUGCAGACGGAGCGUACCCGCUCGAUGCUUCUAUUCGCCAACGUGAGCGCACGGCAUUACGGCAACUACACGUGUCGCGCUGCCAACCGGCUCGGAGCGUCCAGCGCCUCCAUGCGGCUCCUGCGCCCAGGAUCCCUGGAAAACUCGGCCCCGAGGCCCCCAGGGCCCCUGACCCUCCUCUCCGCCCUGAGCUGGCUGUGGUGGAGGAUGUAGGAGGAACCCCGUGCAGCUGGCCUCCCCAUGCCAGGGGGGCUUCAGGCCGAGAGCAAGAGAGGAAGAGGGAGAAAGCGCCAUGGGUCUCGAGGGGGUGGAAGAGCUCUCGGCCACAAAAGAAGAAGAGGAAGAUGAGGAGGAGGAAGAGAGAUCUUUAGAGAACCCAUCACUGUGAGGGAGAACACAAAAUUAUGCAUCUUUCUACAGCCAUUCUCGCCACCCGUUCACGUUUCCGAUUGUGACCCACCCCUGGCCACCCCACACCCCUCUCUUAGCUCAGGCUGUCAACUGGAUCGCUCGCGCACAAGUGUGCAUGUGGGCGUGUGUGUGUGUGUAUGUGUGUGGUAGAGAAGGGGGUUCAGCAGGCCUCCUUCCCCUGACACCCCCGUGGCCACUGUCCCCAACAUGCUGCCUCUCACCUCUGCUGGAGGUAGGUAUGGGGGCUUUGCAAUGGAAGCUGUGAAGAGAGGUUGUCUAGGCUCCCUGCUUCCCCAAUAUAUGCACGACACCAAUCCCCACUCCCCACCUGUUGAAAGGUUUCCUGGGCAGGUUGGGGGUGGGAAGGGGGUGUUACACUCGCCUGUCCUGUCGAGCUGUCAUCCAGCCUUUGGGAAUAGGUGGGAGGUCCCCAUGUUGGCACCAGCUGCCUGUAGCCAGAGGUCCCAUAACAAGCUCAGCAGCCUGAGACCCUCCCGCUUCCCCUGUCCCCCCUCCCCACCCUGGAAUUUCUGGCCCCCUCCUGGGCUAAUCGGUGCUUCCAUCUGACUGUCAGGCUAGUGGCUGUAGUCACCUGUCUGUCUCAGUGCUUUGCCCUGCCUCUCCCACCCCUCCCCUUGGCCACGUGCAGCGCCAGCCAGGUGCCCUCAGAACUCCUGCAGUUGGCCCACAGCUGCCCAGGUGUGGGCUUGCUGGCCUACCAGUCCCCAGCUCUCCACUGACUUUGCCUCCCAAAGGCUGUCCUGACCACCCUGGCACACACGCACACACGCACACCAGCGACUGUGACCAGCAAUAGCCCCCUGGCUCCAGCUGUCCUGAAGCUGGUGACCAGCUGUAGUUUCCCCCAAGGGUGGGCAACUGUUGUCAGGAAAGGACUCCAAGAGGCUGCAGCCCCAGUUCUGAUUGUAGGAAUACUCCACCCUGGUACAUACCACACCAAGUAGGGGACAGAGAGGCAUCACCUGGACAUCCAGAGCCCAAAUGAAGAUGCCACAUCACCAGCUCUGACUCCUGGGAGACCCUCUAUACACACCCACCCCAAACCACACCACCCAGAGCUUGGUGGGGAAGAGGGCAGAGUAGGGGCAGGGAGGCAAGGGGCAGUGACUGUACCUCAGACAGGGGCGUGGGCCCCAUCCCACAUUGUCUUCCAUUCCCAGGGUCCGCGGGACAGGGAGG